UAGAUUACGGUUUAGAACAGAAAAAGCCGAACAGUCGAGCUGAGAGUACACACUUCGUCACCUAGAGAAACAAUGAACGGUUGCGGUUUAUCAAGCCUCUGAACAAGCUAUAUUUUUGGCGAAGAAUACUGCUUAGGCCCUCCUGUACUGGAAUACCAUUGGACAAAAUAAUGACGUGAAUGUUUUAAUAGGUUGGUAUGCUUUAUGUGAUGGUUUACUCUGUAAUUCAACUUCACAAUCUGUAUAGAGCGGCACCUUGACAGUAAGAUAACAUAAUGAUAGACUGUCGUUUGAAUCAUAUUUUGGCAUAGAUUCAGUUUAAAUUAUAUUCGUCUAGCAUAAUGCAAUAAUAUUGAACGUAAUAAUGAUUUAAACAAAUUAGUAUUGUAUAUUUAAACGUCAGGCUGUAGGUACACCCCGAGGCAUUCAAGUGGUCCACUUUGUCAGAUAAAUAAAACUGACUGACGUUCUGUUUCGAAUGAAGCGCGAUGGGCAUAUACCGGCUGUUUGUACUUCUAUGCAUGUUGAUGUUUCUGUUCUUUAUAGCAACAUUCAUUCUGUAUAGGCCAAUCACCCUGUUACAUAAAGGAGAAUUAGUACAUGAUGAAGGAUCAAUGGCUCAUUCAAUUCACUCGUUUAUACCAAGAACAAAAACGCAAGUUGUUUUGAUGACCUUUCGGAGGUCAGGAUCAACAUUCACUGGUGAACUCUUCGGCAAUAAUCCAAGAUCUUUCUAUCUUUUUGAACCUCUACAUUUUUUGCGACACUUCGGUAAAAGACCAAUGGACCCUACAUAUAUUAAGAACAUCAGUCGGUCGACAUUGGAGGCAAUUUUGUCGUGCCAGUUCAAUCGCAUGCCUUUUCGUACAUUAUGGUAUCAUGACUUCCCCGACUACAUGUGUUUCUAUGGCGAUGCUUUACGAAGUACCUCGUUCUGUUCUUUCUCUCACUUGCCUCUUUCUACUAUAUACAAUGAGAUGAGUAAAAAGUGUAAACAAAGUGAUUUGGUUGCUAUCAAAACGAUACGAUUAUUCAAAAUCAGGUACCUAGAACGUUUUGCAGCGAAUUCAGAGAAUAAUUUAAAAGUUAUCCACCUUGUUCGAGAUCCCAGAGGGACAAUAUUCUCAAAUAAACGCUAUUUCAAGAAUAGCGUCAAAAACAUUACAACAUUAGCAAACGAUCUCUGUACUUUUAUAGAAAAUACAAGAGAACGUGUGGAAUAUAAAUCGAUAUGGUCGGAAGAUCGGUACAUGGAAUUGAAGUAUGAAGAAUUAUCUUUGAACCCGCUUAAGGUGGCUAAAAGGAUAUAUGACUUCAUUGGUUUCUCUCUUCCUUCUGAAGUUGAAUUUUGGAUCAGAAACAAUACCAAUGUCACCAACGUUUCCAAUGGUUCGAUGGUUGUCGCAAAAAAUUCAAAAACGGUUCCAUUCGCUUGGCGACAGUCGAUGGACUUUCAGGAUGUACUGUCUGUCCAAUCAAUGUGCUCAUCAGUUAUGGUUAAAAUGGGAUAUAGACUUCUUGAUAAUGAAGAAGAUUUGAGAAAUAGUCAAAUCGAGUUGAUACACUAACAUCUUAUCUUGUGUUGAGGCGAAUUAUUUCCGUAAGGCAUUGAAAUCAAGAACUAUUAAUUAGCACAGGGAGAAGGGUGACAGGGUGUUUUCAGUGGAGUAAUGAAGAGGCAUGCUGGUAAGCCCCUUUCCCACCUAGGUUGAUUUCAUCGUAGAGUCGCACGAGUUCUACGAGUUAAAAACUCGUGAUUUGGGGAAGGACGUACCCAGCUAAUAAUAUUACGUUAUAAGAACGUUAUAUAAUAACGUUAUAGUUUGGUAAUAAAAACGCUAUUUUGUAGAACCAUGUACGUACUUUGUUUAAAUCACUGCUACAUGUCAACUACUAGAGGUAAUGUUUUGAUUGGUUAAACAAUUUUGGUACUAGUGCAUAUAAGCUUGCUAAUAUGGAUAAUUUUU